AAUGGCAACGGGACCUAAUCGGGCGUCGCCACCUGUAUAUGAAGAUUUUAGGCCUGUUUCUGAGCGGCAUCAAGAGGCAGGAGCUGAAAAAUUACUUAUUUCUCUUCCUGGUUUCAUGAAGGAGAGCAUUAGAGUAAGUACAGAAGGCAAGAACACAGUGAGAGUAGGUGGAGAACUUUUUAUAGGAAGCAACACAUGGCGUCGCUUCCAAGAAGAUUUUCAAGCACCUGAUGAUUGUAACAUGAAAAGGAUCAAUGUCAAAUUUGAGGAUGGAAUGCUCACUAUCACUAUGCCACGAAAAAUGCCCAGGCAAUUAUUAGAUGAACAAGCAAAACAAUUUCCUCACAGAAUCCCUCAGAAGGAUGAUCAUAUUCCUCCCAGAAACAAUCAUUCAACUGAUGAAACACCAAGAAAACCAACCCCUUUAAAACGCACAGCUCAACAUGCUGACAAAGAUGAAGAUUCUACAAGAAAUGAGACAUUGGGGAGUGCUGAAUCAUCAAAGACUCAAAAGGGUAAUAAUGUUCCUCCCAGAACAACUUAUCCAACUACUGAAGCCGCCCCAAGAAAACCAACCCCUUUAAAACCCACAGCUCAACUGCCUAAACCUCAACAUGCUCACAAAGAUCAAAAUUUUACAAGAAAUGAGACAUCGGGGAGUGCUGAAUCAUCAAAGACUCAAAAGGGUGAUAAUGUUCCUCCCAGAACAACUUAUCCAACUACUGAAGCCGCCCCAAGAAAACCAACCCCUUUAAAACCCACAGCUCAAUUGCCAAAGCCUCAAAAUGCUGACAAAGAUCAAGAUUCAGGAGUGAAGGAAAAUAAAUUCUCUGACGACCAAUUGAUGAGCACCGAAUCAUCAAAGACUCAAAAGGGUGAUAAAAAUAUAGAUUUUCCAGCUCUUAGAACAAUUCCAUUAGGAAAAACUAGUGGUGAGAAGGAAAAAUCAAAAGAUGAGAAGAAAAUCUUGGAAGGUCUAGUAGGUAGUAUUGAGCCAAAGGGUGAUAAUGUUCCUCCCAGAACAACCUAUCCAACUACUGAAGACGCCCCAAGAAAACCAACCCCUUCAAAACCCACAGCUCAAUUGCCAAAGCCUCAAAAUGCUGACAAAUAUCAAGAUUCUGGAGUGAAGGAAAAUAAAUUAUUUGACGACCAAUUGAUGAAUGUCGAAUCAUCAAAGACUCAAAAGGGUGAUGAAGAUAUAGAUUUUCCAUCUCUUAGAACAACUCCAUUAGGAAAAACUAGUGGUGAGAGGGAAAAAACAAAAGAUGAGAAGAAAAUCUUGGAAGGUCUAGUUGGGAGUAUUGAGCCAAAGAUUCAGAAGAGUAAAGAAGAAAACUUGGAUCAGAACAGAACACAAUUGAUCAGAAGUGGCAAGGACGUUGAAAAGAAGGAGAGCCAUGAUGCAGGUGGAAAGAUUGUUGCCGAAAAGAUUAAAGAUUUAAGAGAAGAGUUUCAAGAAAAGGUUGGGCAGAAAGGAUCAAAAGAAAAGGAAAGUACAAGUAAUGUAGCUGCUGGUACCUCUUUUUAUCCUGGCAGUAUUGGCAACUUGAAGAAAAGCCUUGUGGAACUAAAUGAAGAGAGACAACUGCUUGUCAAUGCUGGAGCUGCUGUGAUGGUGAUUAUGGCUCUUGGGGUUUAUGUUUACUACUCCAUCGGAUCAGGGAGAACUGAGUAAAAACAACCAACACUUGAGUUACGUAAAAAUGUACAAAAUUUACAUGG